AAAGUUGGUCGGCAAAAAGAGAUUUGUUGUUUUUUUAGCUUCUCCUAAGGGUUUUGCUUGGCCAACAAGACGGUUAUUGAACGAAACCAAUAUACUCUUUACACAUCGUGAAAGAGUACCGAAAAGUUUGAUUCAAAUCUAGAUAGCUUUGCAUUAGCCAAGAACAAAAUUCGAUUUAUUUAGGAUUAUUUCGUUUGAACUAGACCAUCUAGCCAACGAUGAGUGUUGCCUCCAUUUUUAAAAGAUCCUUCCGCCGCGAAAUACAUAUUAUAUGUCAACGGUCUGGAAUAUGGAAUCUCUGUCUUUGCAAUCGUCGAUGCAUUCAGAUGGCUGUCAAUAAAGUAUUCAAUCAACCGCAUCUGCUCUUGGACUGGGAGUCGAGCCCCAAUUUUCGUUUUCAAUAUGGAAUGUGCUCCCUAGACCGGAAAGGUUUUCACACUACCAACAGCAACUGGUCCGAGCAGGUGGUGAAGGUGCCGCCGUUUCCUGACUCCAUUUCUGAAGGGGACAUUAAAUUCACAUGUAAAGUGGGCGAUUCGUUUGCUGCCGAUGAAGCUGUCAUGGAGAUUGAAACGGAUAAGACGACGAUGCCAGUGCAGGCGCCAUUUGCUGGCGUCGUGACGGAAAUUAUGGUAAAAAGUGGAGAUACAGUUAAAGGUGGCCAGCAGGUUUUCAAAAUGAAGCCGGGAGCAGCUCCGGCUAAAGCAGCAGCACCAGCGGCAGCACCAGCAGCACCACCAGCAGCACCACCAGCACCAGCAGCCGCACCAGCAGCAGCCCCAGCAGCAGCAGCUCCAAAGCCUGCCCCAGCACCUCCAAAGCCUGCACCAGCUGCUGCGCCAACUCCUGCGCCAACUCCUGCGCCAGCAGCAGCGGCAAAACCUCCGCCAACACCGCCUGCCGCGGCGCCAUCAAAACCCGCCGCUGGCGGUGCACCUCCCAUAUUGGGCACACGCAACGAAACAAAAGUCAAGAUGAGCCGCAUGCGCUUAAAGAUCGCGGCCCGCUUAAAGGAUGCACAGAACACCUGUGCCAUGCUUACAACAUUCAAUGAGAUCGACAUGAGCUUUGCAAUGCAAUUUCGAAAGGAGAACCUGGAAUCAUUUAUGAAAAAGAAUGGAGUUAAGCUCGGCUUCAUGUCCAUAUUUUCAAGAGCUUCUUGUAUUGCACUGCAGGAUCAGCCCGUUGUCAAUGCAGUCAUUGCUAACAAGGAGAUUAUUUAUCGCGACUAUGUGGAUAUCUCUGUGGCUGUAGCCUCGCCCCGUGGUCUUGUGGUACCCGUUAUCCGUGGCGUCGAGUCCAUGAAGUAUGUGGAUAUAGAGAAAACUCUGGGUGGCCUGGCAGAUAAGGCAAAGCGCGAUGCCAUCACCAUUGAGGAUAUGGACGGCGGCACCUUCACCAUCAGCAACGGUGGCGUGUUUGGAUCACUGAUGGGUACGCCCAUCAUAAAUCCACCUCAGAGCGCUAUACUUGGCAUGCAUGGCAUCUUUGAGCGCCCCAUUGCUGUCAAGGGAGAGGUCAAGAUCAGGCCCAUGAUGUAUGUGGCACUUACAUAUGAUCACCGAAUCAUCGAUGGACGUGAGGCUGUGCUGUUCCUUCGGAAAAUAAAGUCCUACAUUGAGACGCCUGCUGAGCUAGUAACCGGUCUGUAGGACAUCUCGGCGACUAUUUGGGAUGUGCUCACGUUGUUCAGUUGCCAAAUUAUUACCAAAUUAUACCAAAUUAUUUGUAAUUAACAAAGUCUAAAGGACAUUUAUAUUGCAUUUUUUCAAACUGUAAUUAAUUGGUACUCGACUAUUAGAUACACUAUAUAUUUCCUUCU